AUGGCUUUGAUGGGUGAUUUAGGGUUUCCCAUGGGCCUAAUGCCUAUGGGUGGGAUAGAAGAGAUAGAGAGAAGAAUCGAGAUUGUUCUGUUGGCUGUUACCAGUGGUCGGAACUCAGGCAAUGAGAUACAUCCUUCCGAAUCAGGGAAUCUAAAAUUGCAGUUCUGGGGCAAUAUCUCUCCACGGGUGUUCACUGGAAUUCCUGUUGCAGGAGAAGAGAACAGCUUACAGGUAGCUUUACUUGAUGUUGUUACAGGGGAAGUUGUUACAUCUGGUCCAGAAGCCUCAGCAAAGGUGGAAAUUGUUGUGGUUGAUGGAGAUUUUGGUGUCGAUGAAGGGGGAAGUUGGACUCUUGAAGAGUUCAACAGUAAAAUUGUCGGUGGAAGUGAAGGAAAAAAAUCACUGCUAGGUGGAAAACGAUAUCUGCAUUUGAAAGAUGGCAUCGGUUCAGUUCCUAAGAUUUACUUCCGACAUACUAACGUCUGGAGGAGAAGUGGUGAAUAUAGGCUAUGGGCAAGAGUCGUGGAUCAUUCUAAUGGAAGAAGAAUAAUUGCGGCAAAGACAGAACCCUUCACUGUUAAGGAUCGCCGUGGAAUGAACAAAAAACAUUACCCCCCAUCUCUAUCAGAUGAAGUAUGGCGACUAGAAAAUAUUCAGAAAGGUGGUCGUUUCCACAAGCAUUUGAGCAAAGAAAACAUCAGAACUGUGAAGGAUUUUUUAACGCAAUAUGAUUUGAACCAUGAAAGGCUACAAGAAAUCCUUGGCAAGAGUAUGAUUGGUAAGAGGUGGGAGGCCACUGUGAACCAUGCUCAGACGUGUAAACAUUAUACUUCUCUUGCCCAUCGCUCUUUGCCCUCAUUUGACGGUCUUUACCCCCAAUACUUCAACAACCCAGAUUGUUCCAAUGUAUGCAACAUUGGGACUUCUGACAUGCAUGAUCAUUAUAAGCCUACACAACCUGGUACAUCGUUUCCAGGCAACGACACCAACAUCGACCUCUACAAUCUAGGCCCUCUUUUUUCUGAUGGGGACAUAGAAAACUGGCUGCCUUUUCAGAAUUGUGAUCUUGAACCUGUCCUCAAGAACCAUGGUUUGGAAUCAGUUUCUAAUCAACAGAGUGCAGUCCAUGCUGUAGCUGUCACUAGUGGCAAGCUGCUUUCCAGAUGGGCAAUAAUAUGCAAGGGUCUGAGAUGGUUGUUCAAGACGAGAAAGCUUGUCAGUUUAAAAAGGAACAAUGUUGCUAAAAAGCAGAGACUCUACUAAUGUGCUUGUACAGAAUGGUUCGAGCAUAUGACAUGUACAAUGCAAUCAACUGCUUCCCAAUCAUAUAGCUUGUGUGAAGGUUGGACAAAUUGGAGCUUUUUUCAGAUGCCACACAAAGUGUAAGUAAUAAAUGUGUGAGGCAUAGUUCUGUUAGCUG